AUGGACGUCGCCUACAACCAGCACUCGCGCGAGGCCAAGCGCAAAAACAGGUCCACCACUAACCUCAACCACCUCACCCUCGCGCCCCUCACCACCAAGCUGCCCCUCGACCACCACCACCACAGCAGCGACCACGAGCAGCACGUAACCAUCGCCGACUCGACGACGUGGUCCACCGCCUCCUUCGUCCACAGCACAUCCUACCUGCAGGGCAAGUCCGCGCCCACGACGCCCGGCCUGCUGUCCCGCUCCCCGGCCCGCUCCCGAUCGCGCGGCCACAACGGCAGCAGCAGCAGCCGCAGGGGCGGCGCCUCUACGCCCACGAGCGGCGGCGGCGGCGGCGGCGGCAGCCACCUGCCCAAGAGCAAGUCGGCCACGCACCUACCUGCGGCCGCGCACUCGCGCCACCUCGCGUCCCACAGCGUCACGACGCUGUCCACGACGACGCACGGCGGCACCGCCAGCGUUAGGAGGCGCAGGGGGGAAGAUGGGUUCCUGUCGGCUACGCGGGAGAGGGAAGACAGCGACUGGCUCCUGAGGGCCGGCGCCGUCAUCAGCAGCGAGACGCGCGAGUCCAAGGGCCAGGCGUGGCUGCUGUCCAGGGCGAGCUCGACGAGCCUGUCGGGCAUGCGGGACGCGGAGGAGGAGGCCCUCGAGCGCGAGAUGGCCCGGGAGCGGGAGCUCGCCAGCCGCAGCGCCAGCCGGAGGGGCAGCCUGGCCCCCGGCGACGACAACGCCUUCUACUCGUCGCCUCCCGGGUCCCGCUUCGGCAGCCGCUCCCAGAGCAGGGCCGGCAGCCGGACGCAGAUGCUCACGCCGGGCGAGCGCCGCUCGGUGGACGGGUACUUUGCCGAGGUCGGCGGCAGCAGCGGCAGUCACGAGCGGUUCCCCGAGCCCGACUUUGUCAGCCUCGACGAGGCGCUCGAGUCCGUCGAGCAGGACACGACCGUCGAGGACGAGGCCGACGUCCGCAGGCUCGUCAAGCGGGAGAAGGCCGGCGUCGGCGCCUGGCUGGGCAACAUGGUCGGCUGGCCGCUCUUCUCCGUCCAGGAGAACGAGGAAGAGUCGUCCGAGGACGACGAGGACGACGAAGAGCUCUACACCGAGGGCUCCCUGGACGAGGUCAUGCUGCAGGGCAGGCGCCGCUCUGGCGUCAGGCAAUUCGAGGGCGUUGCCGACCUCUCGGAAGAACGGGUGCCCCCUCCCAAAGAGAACGAGGGGGGCUGGCAGGACGCGGCCUGGCUACUCACCGUGGCAUCCAAGGUUUUGCUAUAA